GGCGUCUUCCGUUGAUAGUGGUGGUGUCGUGAACCUCGCUUCGGACAAAUACGGGCCUUGGGAUAGAGCUCCUUGUCCCUUGCUGUCUGGUACGCCAGUGCGAUGAGUUGACGCAUUCGUUGCUCCGUUGCAGGAAUGUUGGCCUUGUGGAAAUAGUAUCUGACGAUAUUGAUGGUAGACAUGAUGCUAGGCGUCACGGUAUGAGUUGGCCUGGGUAAGCUUUUACUAAAAACCGUUUUUGGCCUCAAGGUCCUUGUCCUUCCACGAUUACAUUGAGGAUGCAAAAGAGGCAUCCGACUGGAGGUUAUUCCAGCUUGACGUUGCUCGGUCUCUGGCCGCUCAGCUGGCCAUGGCCGUUUCCUUUGUCCAUUCGCAGGGCUAUGCCCAUGGCGACCUUCAUCUCGGCAACUGCAUGCUCCAACUACCAUACUCUCUCAGUAAUCCUUCCGUUGAGCAGCUGUACGCCAAGUUUGGAGCCCCCGAACUCGAGCCUAUCGUCCGAAGCGACGGCAAACCCACCUCUUCGACACCCGGGGUUCGUCCAUACGUGGUCAAGCCCAUGUGGCUUGGGAUACCAAGCGACGAACUCACUGCAGGCGAAGCAAAACUUUUGUUGACCGACUUUGGCGUGGCGUUUCGCCCUUCCGAGAAGUCCCGCUUCCAGUCCUACGCACCUCUUGUGGUGCGACCGCCCGAGGCCUUCUUCGAGCCAACCGCACCGCUUUCGUUCGCUUCGGAUAUAUGGAGCCUCGGCUGCUCCAUCUUCGAGAUCCUUGGCCACAGGUCCCUCAUUGACGGGAUCAUCACGCCUCAGGACGAAAUCACAGCGCAACUGGUUCACCUUCAAGGCCAUCCACCAUCCGACUGGUGGGAUAAGUGGGAGCUGCGAUCCAAAUGGUUCGACGAGACGGGCAAGCCGCUCAGCAACGAGCGGGACAUGUGGUCGUGGGAUAGGCGGUUUGACGAAUGGGUAAACGGGUUGAGGCCGUCUUGCGGCACCGACAUGGUCAAGGACGACGAGAAGGCUGCCUUGUUAGAACUGUUACGCUGGAUGCUCGCUUGGAAACCUGCCGACCGCCCCAGAGCGGUUGAUGUACUAGAAACGGCUUGGAUGAAGCACUGGGCCUUGCCAGCGUACGCGAAGGGCCGGAAGGCUUGGAAAUGACGCACCUGCACAGAAAUGCUGUGGCAGCGACAAGGCCGGUACUGCGCAUGUGGCGGUACGCUCAAACAAAAUGGUUAGCCAGCAACUACAACAACCCGUACCCCAAGAAACAUGAAUUUCCUUGAAGUUCCUAGGAAGCGAAUAGGGCUG